CAAGUCAUCACGUGACCGGUUCAUUUUGGCAGCCUGACGUAAUUGAGAACACGAUCCCUUUUAGAAGCAAGGCUGAAUAGGCACUGACAAGAAUAAGCAAACAUUUAAGACAUUACGCACACGAGACAGUGAAAGGAUUUUGAACGGAUUUCCCGGUCUCUAAGAGACAAAUGGAUUAGCAACAGUUUAUCGAGAUUCCUUGUCCUUCUCCAGCCCGUCUGACGACCCUAUCGCAUUUGCUGGCUCAUCGCCCUUCCAAAAGAGCUUCCUUCGCCACUAAGAAAUGAUAUACUGGCUGAAGAAUACAGCAGAGAAGAACCAAUUCCAAAGCGGCUAUCAAAAGGGACAGUAGCUGGUUUCAGAUCCAGCUCUCUGACCUUUGCAGAGCCGAAAUGAGUAAGCAGAAGAUAAGCUUGUGUCGGCAAACCAGGGCCCUUCUGUGGAAGAAUUUGCUUGUCAAAUGGAGGGUAAAGAAGGAGUGCUUAUUGGAAUGGUCAUUCCCCCUGGCCCUAUUACUGCUGCAGCUGACAUUCAUUUCAGUAUUUCCGGAACUGAAGCUGUUCCCUGAACUUCCUUCCCAAGACCUCGGAAGCAUCGAUGCAUUCAGUGACACGCACUUUGUAUGUGCCUAUACGCCACUCACCCCGACGACAGAAGCGAUCAUGAAGAUAAUGGCCACUGCUUCUUUUAUGAAAGACGCAGAAGUCAUUCCCGUUGAAGAUCUAGAAACCCUGGAUACAUACUCUCAGGAAAAUCAUUCUGAGGUUGUGGGAAUCAUCUUUAAAGAUACCUUCUCCUAUCAGCUGAAGUUUAACUGGGCUUAUAGAGUCCCAUUCACCAAUGAAUUCAUGGAUCAUUCAGCUCAUUGCUCAGAGUUCCAAGAAGGAGUUUUCAAAUGUAUGAUUUCGACAUUUUGGAACUAUGGUUUUAUUCCUUUCCAAGCUAGCCUUAAUGCCGCAAUUAUAGAAGUCACAACCAAUCACUCAGUGAUGAAGGAUUUGAUGUCCAUUAAUGGGAUCACUAUGAAAGUCGAAUCGUUCAUUGCUCAGCAUGGAGUUAUGUAUGAUUUCUGCAUUUUCUUCUCCGUGAUUUCAUUCUCCCCCUUCACCUACUUUCUGUCACUCCAUGUCACCCGGGAGAGAAAAAGGCGUAAGGAGUUGAUGAAGUUGAUGGGUCUUAAGGAUACUGCCUUCUGGCUGUCGUGGGGUGUGCUGUAUGCUGGUUUUGUCUCCGUCAUAGCCACCCUUCUGGCGCUGUUGACAUCCGAGAUUGUAUAUAUGACUGGCUUCUUCACAAUCUUUUCACUGUUUAUCCUGUAUGGCCUGUCUUUGAUCGCUCUGACUUUCCUGCUGAGCGUGUUAAUCAGGAGGCCUGUUCUUACUGGCUUGGCUGUGUUCUUCCUGACCCUAUUUUGGGGAUGUUUGGGCAUUUUGGUAUUGUAUAGGAAACUUCCUGUAUCUUUGGAAUGGAUUUUAAGUCUUCUCAGUCCCUUUGCUUUCACUACUGGAAUAGUUCAGAUGAUUGUCUUCGAUAAUGACCCUCAGGGAGAUUCCUCCCUAAUGAUGGCAACUUUUGUCAUGUUGCUCCUGGAUACUGUUCUCUAUAUGGCAUUGACAGUGUAUUUUGACAAACUCCUGCCCGGUGAUUACGGGCACAGACACUCUCCCUUGUUUUUCCUCAAGUCUUCGUUUUGGUCCCCAAUCCCGAGGUCUGGACGGGUGGUCUUUGAGAACGAAAACAACCCCAUCCAUUCUUCCGACAACUCCUUUGAACCCGUGUCCCCAGAAUUCCAUGGGAAAGAAGCCAUCAGAAUUAAAAACAUUAAAAAAGAAUACAAAAAGAAGUCUGAAACAGUGGAGGCCUUGCAAGGUUUUCAAUUGGACAUCUACGAAGGCCAGAUCACGGCAAUCCUCGGGCACAGCGGGGCUGGAAAAUCAACCCUGUUAAACAUCCUCUGUGGACUGUUGGAUCCUUCUGAAGGCUCAGCUACCAUCUAUAACUACAGUGUCACUGAAAGGACUGACGUGGAGGAAAUUAGGAAGAUCACUGGAGUUUGCCCACAAUUCAGUGUUCAUCUUGACUCUCUAACUGUGAAAGAGAACCUCAGCUUAUUUGCUAAAAUCAAAGGGAUUCUUCCUGAAGAGAUGGAGCAAGAGAUACAGAGGGUUUUAAUGGAAUUGGAAAUGAAAGCCAUCCAGGACACCCGAGGUUCCAGUUUAAGUGAUGGACAGAAGAGAAAGCUGACCUUCGCCAUCGCCAUUUUGGGAGAUCCUCAGGUGCUGCUGCUGGACGAGCCGACGUGUGGACUGGAUCCCCGCUCCAGACUCCGGGUGUGGGAUCUGCUGAAGUCCCGAAAGUCAGACCGCGUCAUCCUCCUCUGCACCCACCGCAUGGAUGAGGCCGACGUCCUGGCCGAUAGGAAAGUGUUUAUCUCCAAUGGGAAGCUGAAAUGUGCCGGAUCGUCUCUGUUCCUGAAGAAGAAAUGGGGGAUUGGAUAUCACUUAAGUUUGCGUGUGAAUGAAACCUGCAACUCGGAGAGAAUAACCUCUCUGGUUCAAAGGCACAUCCCGGAUGCAAAGUUGGCUGGCAAAAAUGAAGAGAAACUGGUGUAUAUAUUGCCCUUGGAGAGGACAGAUAAGUUUCCAGCUCUCUACAGUGAGCUAGACAGCUGUACAGACCAAGGGAUUGUUAAUUAUGGAGUUUCCAUGACAACUUUGAAUGAAGUGUUCCUGAAACUUGAGGGGAAAACAGCAGUGGAUGAAGCAGGCCCAGGAAUCCUGGGACAGGAGCCCGGAGGCGGUGGAAAGCCCUCUGAACCGGAGCAAGCUACGCCAAGACUCCCGGAGAUGAAGAGGGACUUCCUCAGCGGCCUGGCUCUCUGGAGACAACAGUUCAGGACCAUGGCACGAAUCCGCUUCCUCAAGCUGAAGUGUGAGAAGAGACCUCUCCGCUCCCUAUUCUUCCUACUAGUGAUUUCUUUUUCACCGCUGAUUCUGGAACAUUUACUACUGAAAAUAUUUCUUCAACCUCGUGUUUGGCCACUUAAUCCUGGUCUCUAUUUCCUCUCUUCUGGACAGAAGCCACAUGCUCAUCUCACCCCUCUCUUGAUCUUAAAUAACACAGAUUCCCCUAUUGAAGAUCUUAUACACUCUCUCGAGCGGCAGAAUAUAGUGUUGGACGUAGAUGAUUUUGCAAGUAAAAAUGGCACCUAUGAUCCCUCACACAAUGGGGCAAUCGUAGUAUCCCGGCAAGAAAUGGAUUACAGGUUCUCAGCCGUAUGUCAUACCAAGAGACUGAAUUGCUUUCCUGUCCUCAUCAACAUAAUCAGCAAUGCGUUACUUGGGAUUCUUAACUCUACCGAACAGAUUCAAAUCCAGAGAGGCUAUUUUGCAGAGAGAGACUUUUACAUGGGAUUUGAAAGUUUUGAGAGCUCAUUUUUCUGGAUAUUCAUGGCAGCAAGCAUCUCUCCUUACAUUGGAAUGAGCAGUAUCGGUGACUAUAAGCUAAAAAUCCGUUCCCGGCUGCAUUUCUCGGGGCUCUUCCCUUCUGCAUACUGGUGCGGGCAAGCUGCCGUGGACAUGCCCCUGAACAUGUUCAUCCUCAUCUGCAUGUCAGCACCUAACUACUUUCUGGCGCUGAACAGUUUGAUGCUGCCAACCGUCAUCAUCUGUACAGUGGUGGCGGGCAUUAUUAGCUGUACGGCUUCGAUGGUGGCGUUCAUGUACGUGGUCUCGUUCAUGUCUCGCAAGAGGAGUAGUAAUGAUUUCUGGUGCCUGUGCUUCUUUGUCAUCUCUAUUUUCUCAUUUAUGCUCUUCGUGCAAUUCAACUUCUCCUUAUUCCUCAUGCUGCCUUGCAUUAUAUUGGUUCCUUUCUGCACAUUGAUUGGCUGCACAAUCCUUUUCUUCCAUCCCUGCCUCCAGUGCCUCCUUUUCCUUUUUAUCCUGCGCUGCCUGGAGGCUAAGAAAGGGAAGAAAAUGAUGAAAAGGGAUCCUAUUUUCAGAAUUUCCCCAAGAAUCAAUAGUGCAUAUCCCAGCCUGGAAGAACCCGAGGGAGAAGAUGACGACGUUUCAGCCGAAAGAGCAAGAACGGCAGAUGCCCUGGAUUCUUCAAAUGCUCAGGAGAAACCAGUUAUCAUCGCUAGUUGUCUAUGCAAGGAAUAUGAAGGCAAGAAGAGAAAUUGCUUCUCAAAGAGAAAGAAGAAAGUGGCUUCAAGGAAUGUCUCUUUCUGCGUAAAACAAGGAGAAGUGUUGGGGUUGCUCGGACACAGCGGAGCUGGGAAAAGUACAUUGCUCAGGAUGAUUGUUGGAGAAACGACACCUUCUGCAGGGAAGGUGAUACUCAAACAGAAUGAAUUAGUUUCUGGGAGCCUGCGGGGAGAUGAGGAGAGGAGAUUCCCUGCGUACUGUCCCCAGGAGGAAGCCCUUUGGCCAGACUUUACGGUGAGAGAACACCUGGAGGUUUAUGCAGCUGUGAAAGGAAUGACAAAGGAAGAUGCCACUGCCUCCAUAACAAGAAUUUCUGAGAUCCUCAAGCUGCAGGAACAUCUGAAAGUUCCGGUCAAGAAACUGUCUGUGGGGAUAAUCCGGAAGCUGUGCUUUGCUUUGAGCAUGCUGGGAAAUCCCACAGUCGUUCUUCUGGAUGAACCAUCGACCGGAAUGGACCCAAAAGGGCAGCAGCAGAUCUGGCAGAUGAUCCGCGCGACCUGCAAAAGCAAGGAGAAAGGCGCCAUCCUGUCGACUCACAACAUGGCAGAGGCAGAGGCCGUGUGUGACCGGGUGGCCAUCGUGGUGGCGGGACAGCUACGCUUUAUCGGUUCCAUCCAACACCUGAAGAGCAAGUUUGGCAGCGAUUACGUACUGGAAAUGAAGGCGAGGGAGCCUGGUCAAAUGGAGCCUCUUCACGCCGAGAUUCUUAGGCUCUUUCCCCAGGCGGCCCGGCAGGAGAGGUAUUCCUCACUGAUGGUCUACAAAUUACCCAUGACCGAUGUGUGCCCUCUCUCAGCGGCCUUUAUGAAACUGGAGGAAGUGAAACAAGGCUUCGACUUGGAGAAUUACAGCCUUUCUCAGUGUACGUUCGAACAGGUAUUCUUAGAACUCACAAGGGAACAGGACCUGGAAUGCUUGGAUGAGGAAUUGGACCUUACAGUAAAGUGGAAGCUCCUUCCCUCGGAAGACCCCUAGAGCCUAACUCUCUUCUUCUCUAAUUUACAUAGCAGUUCGAUGCAUUAACAGUAAUUACACUUGUACACGGUCUCAAAGAAUACAAUAGCAUCGUGAAAUCUAUUUUAUAUUUUUACCAAAGGAUGGAUUAUGUUUAUCACAAUAAGAUAGACCCUGAGGUAAGUGCUUGUUUUCUGGUUGGCUGGAGCGAAAGGAGCCCUCAGGACAGUAAUGGAAGAGGUAUAGAGGUUGGAGUAGUUCUGUGCGUUUUAAAUACCAUCCUGGCUAUAUAUUCUGCAUGAAAUGAAGCCAAUAAAAUACCAAUAUAAUGGACUUUUCUUUCA